UUCUUUUUUUUUUUAUUUUUUUUCUCACUUUCCGUAUUCUUGAUUCCAAUAAGUUUUGUCUCAUUCCUUAAAUAAAUUUCGGUAAAUAAAAUUUGUUUCUGAACCUUGACCUAUGAAUUAUCCAUUUCUGAUUGCCUGAUCGAUCAGAUUAGAGUGACCAGUGGGCGGGAAUCAGGCAGUCUUAGAUGAGACAGAUUGAGGAGCGAAGAAAAAGCCGAAUUCCCCCCACAGAUUAUAUGGAACCUAUCUGUGAGUUUUGUGGCGUGGUGAGGGCAGUAGUUUACUGCAAGUCGGAUGCUGCUAGACUUUGCUUACAUUGUGACAACUCUGUUCACUCUGCUAAUGCUCUGUCGCGCAGGCAUCUGCGUUCCCUGCUAUGUGAUAAAUGCAAUUUGCAGCCUGGAAUAUACCGGUGUAUGGAUGAGAAAUUGUGUAUAUGUCAAGCUUGUGACUGGAUUGGCAAUGGCUGCUCAGCCCCGGGACAUAGACUCCAGUCAUUGCAGUUCUAUAUGGGUUGUCCUUCUUUGUCUGAUUUCUCAAGGCUUUGGUCUUCAGUUCUUGAUUUGCCCAGUGCCACCGGUCUUAAGGCUGGAUGGGGUUCAAUGAAUUCAGUGGCUGUGGAUGAGAAUUGUGUGAGCCAGUGCUUAGAGCCUACAGACAAUGAAGGCUCCCUUGUCUUGGGGUGCAACAAGUUGAAUGAACAAAAGCCCUGGGUGGGUGCAUCUUCCUCAAUGCCUGGUGCAUACUCCUCAAUGCCACCUGAUCGGAAGUUCACUUCAUCAUACUGUAAAGACCAAACACCUUUCUUGCCAGAUGAGUCGAAUCCAUCAAAGGGUUGUUCCAAUUUCAAGGAUCUUGGGCUUAAUGAAGGUGGUGAUCUCUGUCAGGGCAUCAACAUGGAUGAUGUUGCAGUGAACUUUGAGAACAGUGACGAGAUGAUCGGUUCCUCACAAGGUCAUUCUACAUGCCGAUAUGACAAUGCAGGAAUGGACAGCCGAUUAAUGGAUAAAAACUUAUCAGUUACUGAAUCUAAUGGCCCCGUAGAAAAUGCUUUAGAGGCUUCGUCACUGAGGCAACACGACUGCAAUGCUUUUCCAUCCUCUUGUGCUGCUGGGUCAGCUAAUGUGAUCGAGGCUAUGAGUGGUAGUGUCGGCUGCAUGCUUGUGAACCCUAGUUGCAGCAGAAAGAUGGGACUAGGAUUUCCUGGUGGGCAAGUUCAUGCGAGUGUAUCACUUUCACUAUCCAAUGUCACUGGUGAAAGUAGUGCAGCUGAUUAUCAAGAUUGUGGACUUUCACCAGCAUUUCUGGCUGGUGAAUCACCAUGGGCAUCGAAUUUGGAUGCUCAUUGCCCACAAGCAAGGGACAAAGCUAAGAUGAGAUACAAUGAGAAAAAGAAAACACGAACCUUUGGCAAACAAAUCAGAUAUGCUUCUCGUAAAGCCAGAGCUGAUACUAGAAAACGUGUGAGAGGCAGAUUUGUUAAGGCGGGUGAAGCAUAUGACUAUGACCCUCUUACAUCAACAAGCAACUGAUUCAGCUCAUCGUACAUUGCAACACAAGGCUCAAUUGAAUGGGUCUAAACUUUCUUGCCUGAUUUAGAAACGGAUUGCAGAAACCAGAUUCAACCUCUUUUUUCUUUCUCACAUUCCAAAGCCUCAGCUAUCAUUUGAUAUAACAGUGUAUCCCAUGCAUUCUCAUGGCUGGAUGAGUUUUCAUUCAGGAGAUGCACUUGGUGAAGGAACAAGUCCUCACAAUGAGCAGUUUGCUUCUUCGAUCAUUCCUCUUCUGAAGAUGUCCAUUUGCUUCUGCCUCCCAUCUCCACCACUUGAGAUGGAUGAUGUCCUUUGCUAGUCAGUUUUGGCCAUGUUAGGUGAACUUAUUUUGUCCGAUAGUUUCCAUUCCAUGAAACAAGCUUUGACUGCCACAACAGUUGUGCAAUGAAAGCAAGGAACCUCUAAUUUCUUGAAUUUUAUAAAAUAUCCUUUUUGCUUUCACAA